AUGGACAAAGUCACAGAAGACGAAGAAAUCGUAAAAUUGUUGGAUGUCAAGGACAUCGAAUUCAUUGAAACGAGUGAACUACUGGAGAAUGAGGAGAAUGACAAAAAUUCCGAAAAUACCAAACUCAUCAAUGAAUCGAACGGGAUAAAUAAUUCAGAUGAUUGCGGUUCAGAUCAAAAGUCCAAUGGACAUGUUGUCGUUUGUACAGAACGACGGUCAGACGAACCAACCGAAUUAAGCUUUGAAAAAGUACCAGAAAAUGUUGAAGAAAAGUUAAAGAGGCAAAAAAUAGAGGCAGCACUCGCUGAUCCAAAUACAGUGCUCAGUAAAUGGCAGGAAUUUGCUAAAAGUGAAUAUGGGCUAGUUAGCGAUGAUCUGAGGCGUCAGGUAUGGCCACGGCUUGUUGGUAUCGACCCAAACAGCGUAGAUCCCGCACCGAAUCUCGAAGAUUUAAAAUCACAUCGUGAAUACAAUCAAGUGAUUCUCGAUGUAAACCGAUCACUAAAACGUUUUCCACCGGGUAUCCCAUACGAGCAACGUAUUGCACUUCAAGAUCAACUCACUGUAUUGAUUCUUCGCGUCAUCAUCAAAUAUCCACAUUUACGAUACUAUCAGGGCUACCAUGAUGUAGCAAUCACAUUUUUGUUAGUGGUCGGUGAAGAGGUGGCGUUCCAUGUGAUGGAAAUAUUAUCAACAAACCAUUUAGUCGAAUGUAUGCAGGAAACCAUGGAGCCAACACAACAUCGUCUCAUGUAUUUGUAUCCCAUCAUUCGUCGUGAAAGUGCCAAAUUAUGUGAUUAUUUACUGAAAUCGUCUGUUGGAACACUGUUUGCACUGCCUUGGUUUUUAACGUGGUUCGGUCACAGUUUGAAUUCAUACCGAAGUGUCGUUCGGCUGUACGACUAUUUCCUAGCGUCGCCAUUCCUAAUGCCGUUAUAUGUUACGGUUGCCAUUGUUCUGUAUCGAGAGGAUGACAUUUUCAAAGAGGAUUGUGAUAUGGCUAGCUUGCAUUGUCUUCUCUCACAGCUACCGGAAGAUUUGCCGUUUGAGUAUUUGUUACAAAAUGCAGCCAAUUUAUACAACAAACAUCCACCAGAAGAAAUCGAAAUCGAAGUUCAAGUGAUGGUUGAACAAGAAAAGCAACAACGAGAAAAGGAAAUAAAGGCAGCAAAAGCGGCAGCGGAAGCUCGACGUCUGCGUAUUCAACGCAAAGAAGCUGCAAAACACUCAUUGAUCAAUCGUCUCAUACCGCAAAUGAUGUGGAGUAGACGAACCGCAUUGGCAACGACAGCAUUCUCAAUUGUAAUUGGCAUUUGUGCGUACUAUUACAAGGCGCAGUUCAUAUCAAUGACCAGUGGCAUCAGCUGAAAUUCGGUGAACUAUAUGGCUUUACUGUUCCAUCGCUACAGUCAUAUAGGUGGCCGUUCUCCAUGCGCUGUGUGGUAGGAGAGACACGACGCAUAUACAUACACACGGAACAUAGUGCAACCAACCAUGCAAUUGUCUUAUAUCUUGAAACUAUUUAUAUAAUUUGUACCAAAACCAAAAUCGACACGAUUACACUUCUCUUCUAACGUUAACGUAUUUAUGUAAUCUGAUUUGUUCUUCUUUUUUCUUCUUUGGAAGUCUAGCAAUAGCGUAAAGGGAUAGUUUAAGUGUAUUUUAUAAUGAUUACCCUAUAAUGGAAUUCCUGUGAGCUUUAAAUUUGAAACCAAAAUGAAGAGGGAUUUCGUUGUUUCUUUCUUUCCAACAUCCAUAUUGAUGAUGAUGAUUUGUACAAGUUAACCUACCUAUGAGUUUAUCAAUACGAUUCUUUUUUUAUUGUAUGAUUUUGAUGAAAUUGUAAAUAUUUUCAAUUUAUUUAUUUACACAUUUAUUAUUAGUAUUAAGCAGACAAAGAGACAUUCAACUAGUUGGAAUAGGGUUUAAAAACCACUCUUUGCAACGCAAUAAAUCAUUGUGUUUAGUGAAGGAAAAAAAACACUAGAAUGGGAUAGAGAAUGUGACCGUUUAAAUGGCUCAUAAGAAACAGAGAUUUGGAAUAUAGCGUUGGGCCACUUUAUUAUAUACUACAUGCGGCACCUUAUUACUGUUUUGUACGAAUCAAGAGCAAUUUAUCUCGUUAAACACAAUAUUGGCGCAACAAAUUGCUACCUUCAUAUAUUAAAUCAGUAGCUAGUGUAUAACGAAUCAUUUGUAUGACCGCUUAUAUUAGCCACGCAAACUUUUUUGGGGGAGAGGGGAUACAGAAUUUCAAUUAGAAUACACACAUAAUCAAAAACCAUGUAUUUUGGUAGACAAAACAUGAGCGAUAAAUAAUUUUAUUUCAUUUCAAAUUUCAACAAGAAAAUAUAUUUUGUUUUUUUUUCUUCAUUUCUUUUCAAAAUACUGCAAAAAAAAUAUGUCUUGACCAAACUAGCAUGGGUAACAAAAUAGGCUUUUAUUCCUUACACACAAAAAUAGACACAAUCACAACAUAUUUUAAUAUGAUCGGAAUUCAUGAUUUCUGAAAAGAUGGAUUUUUUUUUGGUCAUGUGCGUUAUAGUAUAUUAGAUUUGAUAGAUGGUUGCACCGCGCGCGCGCGCCACGGAGAUCAUUGGGAAAUUACUUUUUUUCAUUGUCUUUGUCUUUGUUUUUACUGAAAUGAAGAAAGAAAAGAGGUUGUAGAAUGUGUGAUUAUAUUGUGAAAACAACAUCAAUUAAGGGGGAACAUCGAAAUAUGAACAACAAUAGAGGAAAAAUAACACGAAAUUAAUGGUGCGAUGAAUGUAUCUUCUGUGUUAGUUAGAUUUGCAUGUCUGCAUAAAAUACUGCACUAAUACACAAUAAUUGUUUUUUUUUUGCUAUGUUUCAGCUGCAUCUCGGUUCUUUUUAUUAAGAAAAAUUUCAUUGACAAACCUUUCUUUAAAGUGUAAUGAACAAAAAGUUAUACAUGAAUAAAUUAUAAACCUUGGAACAAA